GCGCCUUCCUCGAAGAGGUCGGAGACGUUGGUGCUGAAGAAGGCGAUGAAGUGGACUGCUGCUGGUGGUGACUAUGGCUCAGAGUCACGUCAGAGUCCAUCUGAGCGGACGCACCAUGGUCAAGGGUUCAAAAUAUAUUGGAAGGAGCAGCAGCAGUCAUUCAUGGGAGUUUCAAUGAAGACCGCUAGAGGCGCUGCGAACAGCUGUCAACGUGCCAGCUGAUCGAUCUCGCCAACACGAAAUAUGGAAAAUCCCCAGAAUAGUGAUGGGCGAACCAAAAGCAUGGACGAAAUCGAACAUCGAUACUUUAACGAAAAUGCUACCUCUUUGUUCAUUAAAAACAAUGAGCUGGAACGCAAUGAUGAGCUAUUUCUUUCUUAUACAGCAAACAACUUACAGUUACUGUCAAGUAUAGUGAUAGAAAAAGUUUUUGAAUUUCAGAUAGGUUAUUUUGGAUGCUUUACUAUUUUUAUUUCACGAAAAUUUGUAUUACUUUGCGAUAAGCGCCAGAGACAUAGAGGGUAUUAGCAAAUUUAUCUUCAUUUUUGAAAAUCGGUGCUUUGAGUUGGCAACGAAAUUAUAAGCAAAAAGCCAACAAAUUUUAAAUACCUACACCGGAAUUUCAACCAUUCACAAAACUUCUGUUUGCAUAAACAAUAGAUUUGCCUUGC